AUGUCCUCCACCAGCGGCGGCAUCAUUGUCAUUGUUUUCAUAUCGAUCGCGCUUUAUAACGCACUCGAACUACUUAUCCUUAUCCUCUUACGCUUUAACCAUUACCAAAGCCUCUACUUCUGGUCUCUGCUACUCUCCAACAUACUUGGAGUGAUACCAACUAGCGUCGGAACUUCACUUGAGUUCUUUGCACUCGCACCUCUCUGGCUGUCUUUGACGAUCUCGAACAUUGGUUUUUGCUUUAUGGUCCCCGGUCAAUCAGUCGUGCUGUAUUCCCGUCUACAUCUUGUGUCGCAGAACUAUAAAGCUCUCCUUUUGCUACGAUACCUGAUUUUACUCGAUACAGCCCUGCUGAUCAUCCCAUCUAUUACUCUAAACUUCGGAUCAGAAUAUAUUCUCACACCACCUUGGAAAAUGGGAUAUAGUACGAUGGAGCGGAUACAGGUCACCUGGUUCUCAGCACAAGAGACACUCAUCUCGGGAAUUUAUAUUGUAGAGACGGUCAAAAUGAUCCGGCUCAGUCCCGAGGGAGACAAGCGACGCAUCAAAAUACUUUAUGAGCUCCUUGCGCUGAAUCUCGUUGCGAUUGCGAUGGAUAUUUCACUUAUUGUGCUCGAGUAUAUGGGCUUUUACUUUUUGCAGAUUAUUCUCAAGGGAACUGUAUAUAGCGUUAAGCUGAAGAUGGAGUUUGCCGUGCUCGGAUUGCUGGUUUCCAUUGUUUCGGUUCCCUUGCCUACUACUGGGUUGGAGAUGCAGAGAUCAGAUAAUUGCUUUUAG